AUGGCAUCUAUACUAUUACUGCGAGCUCGUCAACUCUUCACCUUUGUUAUACUUCUGCUGUUGACCCUUGUCUACUCUGAAGAGGCCUGCCCCUUGCAAACCCCCUUGUAUCCGCCUCCCCGAGAUCUUCUCUCCAGCAGCGACGUGAAGAUGGCUUCCCAAAAUCUCACCCAAGCGAUUGAAGCAGCCAUGGCUAGUGGAAUGACUGAUCUCGGCCCGUUGACCAUCAACACCACCACGUUCGGAGUCAAGGUAUUCUCAGCGCACACGUCAGAGUCAGUCUAUGAGCAUCUAUACACCUCACCAACGUACCGUCCUGCAUCAGGUUCUGGUACCAAAUACCCGACUCUAGACAGCAUUUAUCGGGUUGCCAGUAUCUCCAAGAUGUUGACAGUUCUAACUCUACUGGCACAUGACGGCUUUACCCACUGGCACCAUCCUAUUAUCAACUUCAUUCCAGAACUAGAUAGUUUGGCUCACAAACGCAGUUCCCGCAUUCAAUGGCGCGAGAUUACCGUUGGGGAUCUGGCAGCACAGCUCGGUGGCAUGCCUCAUGAUUACGGGUUCGAGGAUCUAGCGGGUGAAUAUAGCAACGCGGAAAUGAUGGCAAUGGGUCUUCCCUCAGUUCCCUCCGAGGAUGUCCCGUCUUGCAGCCAGGGCGAAUCCUUGAAUCAGGCCAAUCCCUGCGACAGAGAAGCCUUCAUCUUUGGGCUCGUUAAGGAACAUCUGACGUUUCCGCCAGGUAUGGCGCCGGCCUAUUCGAAUGCAGCCUAUCAGCUCUUGCGCUACGUGAUGGAGAAUAUUACCGGACUAGACUUUCCCUCCAUGUUUCAGAACAGUAUUGUGAAGCCUCUGGACCUCAAUUCAACAAUGAACGAGACGGUCAGUGUAUGGAACUUCGACUUAGGUGACGGCGAUGCCUUCGGGGGUGUAUACUCAAGUCCCAAUGAUCUUGUCCUUAUCGGCCGGGCCAUUCUCCAAACCCUUUCGGGCUCCUCGCCUUAUACCACCAGCUUCAAAACCUCCGUCGGGGCUCCCUGGGAGAUCUACCGUUACGAACUACCAAACCGAUCCAAUCACGCCAUCGAUAUCUACGCCAAAGCCGGUAAUCUCGGAGCCUACAGCGAUAUUAUUGUACUGGUUCCAGAGUGGGAAGUUGGUUUCGUGAUAACAGCUGCUGACCUUCCGACAAAUCCCCUUCCGAACGUAUACGCCUUGGCAGACCUAAUCAUUGAUCGGCUAUUCCCUGCCUUCGACAAGGCUGCACAGAAGGAAGCCAACAGAGCCUUUGCGGGAACAUAUAGAGCCCCGGAGGUGAGUUGGACAGUCAAGAUUACGACUGAUCACUAUAAGCCUGGACUCCAGGUUACCGAAUGGGUGAGCAAUGGGGUUGACUUUUUUCAGUCACUUAGAGCUCUUUCAGGCCUUCAAGGUCUAGCUGUUAGACUAUAUCCCACUGGCAUUGAGGAGAAGGUAGAUGGAGAAGCCGAGAAGAAUGUAUAUUUUCGGUCUGUAUUCGACUACAGUGUAUCUGUGCGACCUAAGGGAGUUAUCUCUUCGACCUGUCAGUCCUGGCUCAGUGUCGAUGGAUCCAAGGUGGGGAAUAUUGGCGUGGAUGAAUGGGCGUUUAGUAUCAAAGAGGGGCAGGCGCAUAGUGUCAGACCCCGAGUGCUGAGGAAGGAAUUGUAUCGGGCAUAG